AUGCCGCUCACACCCCCUGCUCCUGCCCUUGGCUGCGAAUGCCGCCAAGCCGGGCCAGGCCGGACCGGGCCAGGAGGCGCCCGCAGCAGGGAGGCCCAGAGAGGCCCGGCUCCGCGGGGCCGGCGUGCGCGCGGGUCCCUUUUGCCGGGUGUCCUUCGGCCAGGCAGCGAGGUCAGGAGAGAGCCCAGCCUCCCAGCCUCUGGCCCUCCGCCCUGGCCACCCCCUGCAGCGGUCUCCACGCGUACCUGCGCGGGCCUCCCCGCCGGCCUCCCCACGAGGCACCGAAGGGCGCGGGCACAGGCGGGCGAGCGAGGGAGGUGGGAACUGUGGAAGUCCAAGGCCCAUCAGACCCACACCCAGGUCAGCGUCAAGGUCUCUUCCAAGGGCAUGGAGAUGGAAAUAGCAGAUGAGCCCAUUGUGAAUCUCGGACAGACCCUGGAGUGGCUGAGAAAGGAACUGUCUGAGAUGCGGGUCCAAGACCAGAGACCCCUGCUCACACUGAGGCAUCUCCACAGUAUCCUGGAGGAGCUGCGUACUGAGAGUACCCAUUGGGAGGACGCCUGGCCCAGUGGAACGCCCUCCCCUAUAAGAGCUCGAGCGGGCUCUGAAGGCAGGAACCACCAGCCUCCAUCCUUGGAAAGACUGGCCCAGCUCCUCCUCCGAGAAGAUAGCAGACGCAGCUCCCUCCCUUAA